CUCCUCACAGCCCGCUCCUCACAGCCCUCCGCCCGCAGCAGCAGCAGCACACGGCGGCCGCAGCUCCUGAAGCCGCGGCGUGAAUGAUCUCAUCCGGACACGAUCAGCGCUCCUUUCCCUAUGACCGAACCGGGAAUAAAAUAACACAUCACACGCGAGACACACACCAUGUUCCCGAAGGGCACCAAGCGUAAGUUCACAGACGGAGAGGAGGCGGCUCCCGGCGAGGCCCCGGGCCCCACAGCCAGAGCGCUGUCUUCUGCCUACAGCCUCCAGAGGCAGUCUCUGCUGGACAUGUCCCUGAUCAAACUGCAGCUGUGCCACAUGCUGGUGGAGCCCAACCUCUGCCGCUCCGUCCUCAUCGCCAACACAGUGAGGCAGAUCCAAGAGGAGAUGACCCAGGACGGCACCUGGCACAUCAUGACCCAGGCCCUGUCCCAGUGCCCCUCCGACAGACUAGUGGCCAGUGAGGUGCUCUGCAGGCAGGACCCAGCCAUGCUGAGUCCUAAACCUGUGCCCUCUGCUCUGGAGCGGAGUCUACAGGAGGAAGGCUACCAGGAGGAAGUGGUGAUGGAAGAGGAUGGCCCGGCCGCUCCCGGCCCUCCGCUGGAUGGGGCCGCAUACCUGGGCCCCUUUAGCUCAUCGUGGGACGAGGAGGAGGAGGCAGAGGAGGAGGAGGACAGUGAGGAGAGUGUGUCUGAGCCAGAGGAGGAGCCCAGGACGGAGCAGGUUUUUGGGACUUUUGAGAUCAAACAGCCUCCGGCCGACCCGGCUUUGGAGGAGCUGUUCUCAGACGUGGACCCGUCCUACUAUGACCUGGACACUGUGCUGAUGCAGAGCCCAAAGAUGGGCCCCUAUGACCUUCUAGAGUCUCUGUCCCACAGCCCUGCGCUCGGCUCCACAAACAGCUGCCGCUCAGACCUCAACGAACUGGACCACAUCAUGGAAAUCAUAGUGGGCUCCUGAGGGCCGCUCCUGAGGGCCGCUCCUGAGGGCCGCUCCUGAGGGCCGGCUUCCGAGGGCCGGCUUCCGAGGGCCGGCUUCCGAGGGCCGGCUUCCGAGGGCCGGCUUCCGAGGGCCGGCUUCCGAGGGCCGGCUUCCGAGGGCCGGCUUCCGAGGGCCGGCUUCCGAGGGCCGGCUUCCGAGGGCCGGCUUCCGAGGGCCGGCUUCCGAGGGCCGGCUUCCGAGGGCCGGCUUCCGAGGGCCGGCUUCCGAGGGCCGGUUCUUGGAGGCCGGCUCCUGGGGGCCGCUGCUGUUACAGAUGUCACAGUUUGUAGACAAAGUGGGAAAUGGACUGAGAGAUUUGGCUCUGAGAGCUGUGUUCGUACCUGGCAGGUAGCUAAUAUUAUUCACACAGUGGGGCUGGGCUGGGCCGAAGGUGAAAUUCUUACUGGUUUGUGGUUUACACAAAAACCUGGUGUGAGAUUUGGAUAUCCCUGUAUGUGCAGUAUGCAAACACACACAGCACUUGCAAAUGCAACAGUUGCAUUUGAACCUCAGAUUUGUUUUAUAAAUAAUGUUAUAUAAAACAUUUUAAAUGCAUCAUUUGCAUAUCGCUGCAAACGGCGCUGUAAACGGUUUGAUAAAGUUUACAUAGUCAUGGUUUAAAUGUAGAUGUUUUAAUGUUUUAAGCCUCACGGUUCUGCCCAGCCCUGCUCAGGCCUCUGGGUCAGUUAGUUUCCUACAUUGUCAUUGGAUCCAAAAGGCGGUGAUAAUUACACGUGUUUGUUUCAUGUUUACGGCUCGUCUCUCAUACUUGUCCUGCGGGGCUCUGCCUUUCUGUCUCUAUUUAUUAUUACAUGAACUGAGGAACAAUUUACACUACAUCCGACACAGAACAAAUUGUAAAUCCAAAUCUAUGAAUCGAUGCAUAUUUUCCUAAAGAUUUGAGCAAUUAUGAAUGGAUUCUAUGUAUAUGUACGUAAAUGUAUAUAGAAAUAUAUUUUUUUGCAUUAUACAGCUGGGGGAUUUUGCAAGUAUCGUUUGAUAUUAUUAUUAUUUUGUUCCCUGCCAGGCCGUUUUUAAGAUUUUAAUGUAGCCAGACUCGAGUGUCUUCCCAUGGUUUGGUAAAGUGUCUUCUGUGGCACGGGCACAUUUUUAAGGCGCUGUUUGGUUUGACGUUGGAGCUUUACACAGACCCUGCUCUUCACAAACACGUUAUUCUCACAUUCGGAGACUCCAGGUGAAAACUGCAUCAAACGUGUUUAAACCUGUCUAACUUAUUCUAUUAUUUAUUUUGUAUUUAUUUUAUCUCGGUACACGCUUCACCAUUUUCACAAAACACAUUGAAAACGCCCCAUUGAGACGAUUCCCUCUGUUUUUGAACCUAUUUAUUCAUGACGUUUGUUUUGAGAAUAUCCGGGUUACUAUGGAAUCACUAUGCAGCUGUCAGUUCAAAAUGAUUGUACAAACCUUAUGCAAACAGAUGCCUUUGUCCUGAAGAUGUGGAAAACUCUAAAUUGUUCCUUAAUUUUGUGAUGAAGAGAUGAAACUCAGGCAAACAGAAACAGUAUUAGGACACGCUUGACCUUUGACCUUACCGCUACACUCCUGAAGGAUGUCACAUGGUCUGAAUGGGAGCUAGAUCUUCAAAGACUUUAAUUACUGUUGUAUAAUGUAUGCAUUUUUUAUAUUAAGGAAAAACAUCGCAGCAUCUUUGUAAAUAUUUUUUAUAAUAAAAGGUGCAAAUAUGAA